UGGUGUGUAUUGCUAGAGAUAUAGGGUAUUCAGGGUUCGGGGAGACCAGAUAUAGGGUAUUCAGGGUUCAGGGAGACCAGAUAUAGUAAAUGCAGAGUCCGGGAGGACCAGAUAUAGUAAAUGCAGAGUCCGGGGAGAGCACAUAUAGUGAAUGCAGGGUUCAGGGAGACCAGAUUUAGUAAAUGCAGGGUCCGGGGAGGCGGAUAUAGUGAAUGCAGGGUUCAGGGAGACCAGAUAUAGUGAAUUCAGGGGUCCGGGGAGAGCGGAUAUAGUAAAUGCAGGGUCCGGGGAGAGCGGAUAUAGUGAAUGCGGGGUCCGG